GGGCGCCAGUGUAACGGUGGCUUUUUCAUGGUCCUUGCAUGCUCUUCGCCAGCUCAUUGAAUGGCAGGUUACCAUUAUUCCUCGCUUCUGUACAGAUACAAGGUUAUUCUACCUCAGCACUCAUAUCAAAAUCUGAGAGGACACAAACGCUUCAAGGACUGGUUCGAAAUAAUCAACGUCAAAACGGCAAAGGUCGGCCCACGACUCGCCUGGCUUCUCCGCCACGGGGCUCGCUAUCAUAAUUUGUAUGUCAGACCGGAUGGCUAUGCAUUGGUAGACGAAGUUCUUAGAAUCAGCCCUUUCAGAAAUCUCAAUCUUCCUGACCUUAAAGAACUCGCCAGAAUAGAUCCUCUGAAGCGGUUACAAGUCAAAGAACUUCGUCCUCAUCAAUGGUGGAUUAGAGCUACUGCGAGGCAUAGUCUCAAGUUCGUCAAUCCAGCCUGGAAGGAAAUCAGAAACGCUCGUGAAGUUGAGGGUUGCAUAUAUUAUGCAGACGGGAAUGAGUGGCAAAAAAUCCGUCUUGAAGGUAUCAGAACAAGGCUGAACGAACGUCUCAUCACCUUAUCACAAACCGUUCCAGAGUAUUUCGGUUACUCGCACAUAGAGCCUUCCACCGUCAUCGUUAUCCACAUUGACGUCAAGAAAGCUUUGGACUACGGACUGACCUUCUUUGCGAAACAUGACAAGACUAUCGCCACCGAGGGUGAUUCAAAUGGAUGCAUAUUGCCACAGUUCUUCCGAAAAGUGGAAUACCUCCAAUGGUCAAAAACGAUAAUCUUGGCAAACAAAACUGGCUCCGAACCGACAGAAACUCAUGCACGUCCUACCCCAUGAGGGCGACAUCGAGCGACCCCCUUUUGUCCUUCUGCAUCCAAUCUGCAUUUUCUACAACUCGUGGUUCCGGACUGAAAAUAUGAAAAGCUUAAAUCACCUGCCUCCGUUCUCUAAAUAGUGGAAUGGGAUAAGCUGUUCCGAUCUUCCGACUCUCAAUCUACAUCAUGUUUUCAAAGUACCCUUUUUUCAUCCUCGUUGUUUUCC